AGCGCCGGGAGCAGAGGGAGAAGGGUAAUUCAAGGUUCAAAAGGAAUGGAAAAUAAUGUGGUGGUAGCGGAACCGAAGCCGGCUCCAAGAGUCGGGGUGGUGUUGAUCCUCCUAAAGGGGAAAUCAGUGCUGUUAGGGCGGCGUCGGGGCACCAUCGGCCACUCCACCUAUGCUCUCCCCGGUGGCCACCUCGAGUUUGGGGAGAGCUUCGAGGAAUGUGCCGCCAGAGAGUUGAAGGAGGAAACUGGACUGGACAUUGAGAAACCAGAGUACCUAACAGUCACCAACACAAUCUUCAGGGAGAUACCGAAACCAGCACAUUACGUUACUAUCUAUCUGCGAGCUGUUUUGGCCGAUACCAGUCAAGUGCCGCAAAAUCUUGAGCCCGAGAAGUGCGACGGUUGGGAUUGGUAUGAGUGGGAUAAGCUUCCGGAACCUUUAUUCCUGCCACUGGAGGAAAUGGUGCGCAGCGGAUUCAAUCCUUUUCCCACUGAAUAAAUAGUAAUUUACUACACUAUGUUCUACCUCAUUUUGGUUUCAAAUAUUCUCCAUUCCAACGCUCUGUUUUGGAUUGUUUUUAGUGUAUCUUGAAUUUGAUAUUGAUGCGGAGUCUUCAAAUUGGCUAUUAAUGGAACAGUA